CAUAUUGUGCUUUUUGACUGUGUGUAAAAAUAUUUGCACACUCACAAUGUCUUGGCCUGUACGCGAAGUCGGUUGUUCCUUGCAAUUUAAACGCAAAGUGUGAAGUGCGAACGCGACAACGAGUAAGAGUGAGAGUGCGAGCAAGAGCGAAUAUACAAGUGAUUGUGAGAGUGAGAUUUCUUGUUCGGUUCCGUAGCAAAGACAAAGGGAAUUUUGCCACUCAUUUAAAAAUCAAUACAAAAAAAACAACAUAACAAAAGCCAAAGAAAUACGUAACGAUACAAAAAAGUGGACAACGCAGCAAAGAAUCAAAUGAAGCAGCAACAACAACAAAAACAACAGCAAACAACAAGAAUAUCUAAAGCCACAAAACGACAGCAAAAAGUUAAACAACCUGCGAAAUUUGCAAAAAGCAACAACUAAAAAAAUAACAAUAAUAGCAAAAAAACCAACAAAAAGUACAACAACAACAGCAAUAACAUGUCGGAGAACAGCGAUAACAAUGGCGAGCAGCAGAGUCAGGGCCAGGGGGCGGAGGGCGAGGCCGUUGGCGAGAAUAAAAUGAAGUCACGUCUGCGCAAAGGAGCCUUGAAGAAAAAGAACGUCUUCAAUGUCAAGGAUCAUUGCUUCAUAGCACGUUUCUUCAAGCAGCCCACAUUCUGUUCGCACUGCAAGGACUUUAUUUGGGGUUUUGGCAAGCAAGGAUUCCAGUGUCAAGUUUGCUCAUAUGUGGUGCACAAGCGUUGCCAUGAAUAUGUUACCUUCAUAUGCCCCGGCAAGGAUAAGGGCAUCGAUUCCGAUUCACCAAAAACUCAGCACCAUUUCGAACCAUUCACAUACGCAGGACCCACGUUCUGUGACCAUUGUGGUUCUCUGCUGUAUGGUAUUUACCAUCAGGGUCUCAAAUGUUCAGCAUGCGAUAUGAACGUCCAUGCCCGCUGCAAGGAGAACGUGCCCAGCCUCUGUGGAUGCGAUCAUACGGAGCGUCGGGGUCGCAUCAAUCUGGUGAUAAAUGUCAAAGAGAAUCUACUCACCGUUCAGAUCAAGGAGGGUCGCAAUCUCAUACCCAUGGAUCCCAACGGAUUGAGCGAUCCAUAUGUGAAGGUCAAGCUGAUACCCGAUGACAAGGAUCAGAACAAGAAGAAGACGCGCACGAUCAAGGCAUGUUUGAAUCCGGUUUGGAAUGAAACCAUCACCUAUGAUCUAAAACCGGAAGACAAAGAUCGACGCAUACUGAUCGAGGUGUGGGACUGGGAUCGAACCUCGCGGAAUGAUUUUAUGGGCGCAUUAUCAUUUGGCAUUUCGGAGAUCAUCAAGAAUCCCACCGACGGAUGGUUCAAGCUGCUUACACAGGAGGAAGGUGAAUACUACAAUGUCCCAUGUGCGGAUGAUCAGCAGGAUUUGCUCAAGCUGAAGCAGAAGUCAUCGCAGAGGAAGCCGGCGGUAAUGCGAUGCGAUACACAAGCGCAAGCACAGGCUAAGAAGGACAUGAUACGCGCCACAGACUUCAAUUUCAUCAAAGUGCUGGGCAAGGGCUCCUUCGGCAAGGUGCUGCUGGCGGAGCGUAAGGGCAGCGAGGAGCUCUAUGCCAUAAAGAUACUCAAGAAGGAUGUGAUUAUACAGGACGAUGAUGUGGAAUGCACCAUGAUUGAGAAGCGUGUGCUGGCGCUGGGCGAGAAGCCGCCGUUCCUUGUCCAGCUGCAUUCGUGUUUUCAGACAAUGGAUCGCCUAUUCUUUGUCAUGGAGUAUGUGAACGGCGGCGAUUUGAUGUUUCAAAUACAGCAAUUUGGAAAAUUUAAGGAACCAGUCGCUGUUUUCUAUGCUGCUGAAAUAGCUGCGGGUCUCUUCUAUCUGCACACCAAGGGCAUUCUCUAUCGGGAUCUGAAGCUGGACAAUGUGCUCCUGGAUGCCGAUGGGCAUGUGAAAAUCGCCGACUUUGGCAUGUGCAAGGAGAACAUCAUGGGUGAAAAGACGACCAAAACAUUCUGCGGCACACCUGACUACAUAGCACCCGAGAUCAUUCUAUAUCAACCUUAUGGCAAGUCUGUGGACUGGUGGGCCUAUGGUGUCCUGCUCUAUGAGAUGCUGGUGGGUCAACCACCCUUCGAUGGCGAGGAUGAGGAAGAACUAUUUGCGGCCAUUACUGAUCAUAAUGUAUCUUAUCCGAAGAGUCUCAGCAAGGAGGCCAAGGAGGCCUGCAAGGGCUUUUUGACCAAACAGCCCAAUAAGCGAUUGGGCUGUGGCGCCUCCGGUGAGGAGGAUGUUCGUCUGCAUCCAUUUUUCCGUCGCAUCGAUUGGGAGAAGAUUGAGAACCGUGAAGUGCAGCCGCCUUUUAAGCCGAAAAUUAAACACCGCAAGGAUGUGUCCAAUUUUGACAAGCAAUUCACAUCAGAGAAAACAGACUUGACACCCACGGAUAAAGUAUUUAUGAUGAAUCUGGAUCAAUCGGACUUUGUUGGCUUCUCCUACGUGAAUCCUGAAUACAUUGUGAGCCCAUAAGAAGUUGCAAUUAAAGCUAACAAUUAAAUGGGCUAUAGAAAUACCCAGCGAGUUGUGUCAUCAGUUGAUAUUAAUUGUUAAUUAAAAGACAUUUGUUAGCUCAUGUUUAUUUAGUUCAUAUCGUGUUGUUCUUAUGCUAAAUGAAAGCAAUAAUCUUGUCUUAAGUUUUAUUUAUUGCUUAUUUAACUAUUAAACUUAUUGUUAGGCAUUCAUGAGUACUCUAAGUGAAUAGUCGCAGCAAAAUCAUUUUGCUGUACAAUUUUCAAAUCAUUGCUUAACAAUUUUCCACGUUGAAACUGCUACUCGAAGCCAAAAGGAAAACAAAACUAAUAUAAUUAAAGUAUGCAAUAAAAACUUUUAUUUUAUAUACCAUUA